GCACGGCUGUCGGACAGUCCUUGCAAGCCGGAACCUGCAGCGAGUGUCAGAGAUGUCAGGCAGCCCCAAACCAUCGCGGCAGCGGUGGAUGAGGCACUGAAGGAGUUCAAGCAGAUUGACAUCCUCAUCAAUGGUGCUGCAGGAAACUUUCUGUGCCCGGCCAGUGCCCUGUCCUUCAAUGCCUUCAAGACAGUGAUAGAUAUCGACACCAUUGGCACUUUCAAUACCUCCAAAAUCCUCUUUGAGAAAUAUUUCCGGGACCACGGUGGGGUCAUCGUUAACAUCACGGCGACCCUGAGCUACCGAGGGCAGGCCCUCCAGGUGCAUGCUGGGAGUGCUAAGGCUGCCAUAGAUGCUAUGACCCGUCACCUUGCUGUGGAGUGGGGACCCAACAACAUCCGAGUGAACAGCUUGGCGCCCGGCCCCAUCACAGGCACCGAGGGCUACCGGCGGCUGGGUGGGAAGUUUGCCGAGGAUGCGAGCCAGUUCAAAACAAUUCCCCUCCAGCGUGCGGGGAACAAGACAGAGAUCGCCCACAGCACGCUGUACCUGGCGAGCCCACUCUCCUCCUACGUGACGGGCACCACCCUGGUCGUGGAUGGCGGGAGCUGGCUGACCUCUGCCAACAACUUCCCUGCCUUGCUGGAUUUCUGGGCUGCAGGAGCAAACAAAAAUCAAUGA